GCCUCCUCCUUCCCUUCCCUCCCCUACCCCCCCCCUUUCACCUCCCUCUCAGAUAUCCGCAUACGCCCUCCUGUCCUCCCUCCUCCGCUGAGUCCAUCCACACGUGCACGCACACGCACGCGCGCGUUCCCCCACCCACGCCGCGGCCAUGUCCUUCUUUGGCUCGAGCAAGAAGCCCGAGACCCCGGUCCGCAAGGUGACCGUCCUCACCACUGGCGGCCACAUUGACGGACUCGUCUCCACCCUGGUGGCCAAGCUGAAUGAUCGCGACAAUGCUGCCCGCGACUCGAUCAAGCGCUCGCUGAUGGACAUUGGCCAGCGCCACCCGGACCUGGUUCUCUCGGUCUCGGCCAGUUACCUGACCAACAACUCCGGCGCCUCGACCUCGCACCGGAUCGCCCUGCUCACGAUCAUGCAAUCGCUGAUCGAAUCCCACCACGAUCGUGUCACCAACUCCCUGACGCAUGACCUGGCCAGCCUGGCCUUCAGCGAGAUGACCGCCACCGACGAGAUCAAAGCCGACUGGCAGAACACCGCCUGCGGGCUCCUCGUGUCGCUUGGUAUCUUCCAGGCUCCCUUUGUGUUGCAGUCGCUGCUGGAUCGCAUGCCGCACGGCCAGCUGCCGCACUACUUCGUCAUCAAGGCCCUCGGUGACCUUGCCGUCGCCAACCCCCUGUUCAUGGUUCCCCAUCUGAAGGAGAUCUUUGGCAAGUUGGUGGCCCUGCUGAACCUCAUUAAGCAUGACAACAUCCGCUGGGUGUUCACCUCCACUAUUGGCCACUUCUGCGAGGCCAUUCACCGCUUCCGGGCCGAGGCCGAUCCGGCUACCUUCCAGGCUGCCGGCAUUGAUCGAUCCACCUUCGCCGGUGAUGUGUACACCAGCUUCGACAUGUUUUUCGGCCAGUGGCUUGGCCGCAGCGAGCCCUCGCUUCGCCUAGCCGUCAUCGAGGCCGUCGGCCAUCUGUCCCAGUCGAUGGAUCGCGAGCAGUUCGAGGCCAAUCUGCCGCGGAUUGUUUCCGGCAUUUUGCAGCUCUACCGCAAGGAGAAGUUCCUGCUGCCCAUCACCCAUGGCCUGGUGCAGGUGUUGGAGGUGGCCACCGCCGGUGGGUCGCGCUCGCUCGACCAGCAAAUCCCCCAGCUGAUGCAGACCAUGCACGGGCUCAUCUGCGCGCCGGAGCUCCAGCCCUCGGUCAACCCGGCGCUGAUGCGCAAUUUCAGCGAGAUGCUCCGGUGCUGGGAGAUCAUGGCCAACACAUUCACCGACGAGGUGCUCUUCUUCCUGUUGCAGCGCUUCGUCGACUCGCGCGACGAGCGCAUUCGCGUGGGGACCCUGCUUAUCCUCAAGCAUCUGGUCAAUGCCUGUGACGGGGUCAUGCAGGCUCGUCGGGCGGUGGUGGUCAGUGGCCUGCGGCCCCUCUUGCCGGAAACCAGCUACAAGGUUCGCCGCGCCUUUGCCCAGGUCAUUGUCACCAUGGCCUCGCACAAUUACCUCUCGCUCGAGGGUGGCCAGCUGCUGGUGGAGUUCAUCGUCCGGCAAUGCUCCAUCUCCGAGGCCGAUGAGCAGGCCUACACCAAGGCCCUGGCCAGCAACAAGGCCAUGCAGGCCGAUCCGGACCCCGUGACGCCGGCCAUGCUGCGCAGCAUGUGCGAGAACAUCCUGUCGCUGCUGACCACCACCAUCUCCAACAUGGAGGGGGUCCUGUGGCCGUACCUCUUUGAGAUGCUCACCCCGGUGGGCUACUACCCGGCGGCCAGUGUUGUUGCUCGGUCGCUGUCUCUGAUUGCCGAGCGCAAGCGCGGCGCCGGUGACUCGGACGAUGUCGAUGCCGAUGACGACCAGGCCAAUGACGCGGCCGAUGGCGAGGAGGAGAAGGACGCUGCGCGCGGCCCCUGCCCGGAGUACAUGAUCGACUUUGAUGAGCUGCUGAACCUCCCGCGGCCGCAUGCCAUCAUUGCUCGGCUGCUGGUCCUGGCUUCGCAGCCACAUGCCCAGCGCCAGCUUGGUGACAACAUUUUGGCCUUCCUGCGCGCGGCCGGGCCCAUUUUCCACCCUUCCCUGGCAUACCUGUGGGACGAGGUGAUCCCGCGGCUGCGCGUGCGCCUGCAGGAGCGUUCGGAGAACAUGGCCCAGUGGAGUGCCUCCCGCUGGGAGGACAUGAUCCUGCGCUUGCUGACUCGCACGCUGGGGGUGGUGGAUGAUGAUGAGUGGCUGGUCGAGCUGGGCGAGGCCUUCUGUUCCCAGGUGACCCUGUACAGUGGCGACUCCGCCAUCAUGCGCCAGUAUCGGGCCAUGCUCUUCAAGCUGGUCGGUGCGCUGACCGAGAAGUCCACCAAGAAGGCCUAUGUGCGCGAGCGUCUGGACGUCCUGCUGGACAUGGCGCAGCACAGUGUCGAGGAGGACCGCGAGGGCCUGGCAGCCGGUUUUGGCCAUUGCGCCGCGGCACACCUGGAUCUGGUUCUGGACAAGCUGCAGGACACCCUGCAGAAUAUGAUCCUCGACAAGAAGGGCGGCAGCGGCGGUGGCGGCUUCUUCUCCUUCUUCGGCGGCAGCAAUGACGAUGACAAGGCCACCGGCGCCCGGGCCGCUGACCCGGAGCUCCUUAAGUGCACGGUGGCCCUGUGCUUCGGCAAGGCGGCCCUCCAUGCGGACCGGGUGCUGAUCAAGAGUCGCCUGGAUGUGGCCAUCAUCGGUCACCUGUUGCCGCUCUUCCCCACGGCCAAGCGGGCUGUGGUCAAGGAGAGCCUCGUUCAGGCGGUGGAUCUCCUGGCACGGGCCAUGCACGUGGAUCACAUUGGCCCGGGGUACCUGUGCUCCAAGCGUCGGGAUCUGGUUGUGGCCCUGACGGGAUUUGUGCGGUCCGCUCCGCUGGCGCCGCCUGCCAAGCCGGUCCGGGUGCCGGAGUCUUCGGACGCGGUGCUGGUGUCCUCGCUGCUGGCCAUCGCCAACCUCCUGCAGCUUGACCCGCCGCUGCCGGCCCAGGAGGAGCAGGACCUCCUGACUGCUGUGCUGGAUGUGGUCAUCCGUCUGCGUCCGGGAACCUCGGCUCCGGCGCUCGAGCAUCUGGAUGCCGUUCUCGAGGGUGUGGACCUGAUCUUCCAGGCGCUGGUGCGCAAGACGCCGACGCUGGUGCAGCUGGAUCGUCUGAUCGCCUACCUGAAGCCGUACCUGACGUCGGCCGAGUUGGAGUCCCGUCAGCGGGCCAUUCGUCUGCUGGGCACCCUGCUGCUGUCUUUCACCGAUGUGGUGGAUGCACUGCUGGAGGAGGCCGAGGCCGAGGCCGAGGAGAAUGGCGGCAGUGCCUCCUUCGAGCUGUCGACCACCGACAAGGAUCGUGUGGCGCUGGUCGGCAUCCUGGCGGUACUCAUUUCCCGCUGCGCCGACCCGAGCCUGGAGAUCCGCCUGACGGCCAAUGAGUGCAUCAGCAAGCUCUUCGAGAUCCGAAGCCUGUGUGCCGGGCUUGACAAUAGCCAGCUCAUCCAGCGGAUCAUUGACAUCGGUGAUAGUGUGGGUUCUGACGACUCGGCCACGCAGUUCGAGGCGAUCCAUGGCCUCGCGCGCGUCAUUGCGCCGGAGCUCACUGCCGUGGAGCUGUUCCCCUUCAUCAAGGGCCUUCUCGAUGGUCUGGUGGAUUGCGAGCCGAAUGCCGCCAGUGGUGUGUGCCUGGUCUUGAAUGGUGUCCUGCGCCUGCGCGGAGCCCAGGUGGCUGAGCAUGUUGCGACCAUCUUUGCUGGCAUCACUUCUGCCCUGCGCGAGCUGUAUGAGCUGGAGGCGCGCAGCCAGCCCGGGUCGCCGGGAUCCGGCAAGGUGCCGGUCGUCGCCCCGGCCGGCGGGGCCAACCACCAGACCACCAUCUCCGGAACACUGCACGCGCUGCGUACUCUGACUGCGCAUCACCUGGUCCCGGUGGCGGACUGCUUCCUAACCCAGGCGGAGCUUCCCCACCCGGCACAUGUCAACCGGGCGCUGCAGUCGCUGGCCAAGGAUGGCAAGCUGAAUGGCCUGCUGAUGCGGCAUUACUUGGAUGUGCUGCUGACUUCGCAGCCAUACAAGGAGAAGCCGCUCAAGAGCAGCGGCAUCAACAUGAAGUUCGAGCGGGAGGCUACCCAUGCUCCGGCUUCGGCGACCCUGCUUUUGCGGACCAUGUUUGAGGCCCGCGGUCGGGAGAUUCGCGCGGUGUCGCGCGAGCAGGCGGCCCCCCUGGUGGCUGGGCUGCUCAUUCGCAUUGGGUCUACCAUGGACCUGGUGCAGGGGAGCUGCUUCGGCCGCGACCUGAACGCGGAUACCAUCAAUGCUCUGGUGGCUCUGUUCGAGUGUCUGCGCGAUUCGGUGCUGGAUUCCGAAGAGGCCGAGGAGGAUCCCGCGGUGCAGGUCCUUCGCGUGGUGGCCGAGGUUCGCGACUCCCUGGGGUCCAAGGAUGUGGCCGUGUACACGGAGGCCCUGACGGCCAUUGCUCGGACGCUGUUCCUGGCGUACGCCACGAGCCCGCUGCCGGAGGACAAUGAUCUGGUGGCGCAGCUGGCUCGGGAAUUCGCGCCCUUCCUCUCGCGCAAUUUCGACCUCCAGCGCAUCGCCGCGUCGGCCAUCUUUGCGGCCUUCAUCGGGGUGUGCCAUGAUGGGGCCUCUGCCGGGGGCUCGGUCGCCGGGGCCAGCUCGGCCACCAUUGACAUGGACGGCUCGGGCGCCAGUGAGGCUGGUCUGGCGGCGGCUGCCAAGGCGGCCAAGGCUGCCAAGGCGGCGGCUGCUGCCUCGGCCGCGGCGGCUGCCUCCGGCGGACCUUCGCCCAUGGAUGAGCUGCUCGGGGUCCUGAUCAAUGCGCUACUGGCCCGGCAGGCGGAUCACCAUCCCAGUGUGCGUGUCCUGGUCCUUCGUGGCCUGGGCAAUGUGGCGGAAUGCGGCGCGCGCAGUGUCAACACCUAUGCCACGACCCUGCUGUCGGCCCUGCUGGCUGGUCUGGACGACCCGGUCAAGCAGACCACCUCCAGCAUGAGCAGCUCCGAGAAGAAGGAGGCCGAGGAGGCCGGGCUACUGAUGACCAUGAGCGCCAUGGAGGGCCUGCGGCAGGUGCUGUCCGUGGUGGACUCCACCUACUUCAUUCCCAUGCUGGUGAAUGUGUGCAACCGGCUGCGGCCCUUCUUCGAGAAUCCGACGGACCACGUGCGGGCCGCGUCCAUCGAGCUGUUCGGUGUACUCGGACGCUUUGGUGCCGAGGAUAGCCUCUGCUGCAGCAUCUUCCUGGCGCAGAUCCACAUGAACAUGAUGGCCAUGUAUCUGCACCUGAGCGAUGAGAGUCCGGAGGUGGUUGCGGCCACCAAGCGCACUCUUGUGAAGUUUGCCCCGCUGCUGCCGGCCGCACCGGUGACCGAGUUCUUCGAGGCGGCCCUGGAUGAGUCGAAGCCGCUGCAGGUGGGCGAGUUCACCCACAAGUUCACCUCGCUGCUGAUCAAGCACUUCCCCACCCACAUCAACUCCUACUUGAACGACAUCACAAACGCCAUGCGCAGCAAGUGGGCCUGGCAGCGCGCUCAUGCGGCUCUGUUUGCCGGGUACCUGCUGGGGCAGCUGGCCACCUUCUCGGCGGACCUGCGCGCCGGGAUCAGUGUCGACCAUGUUUGCACUGCGCUGGACCACCUGAUGAAGGACGAUUCGGCUCCGGUCCGUGCCAAGUGCGCUGAGGCCAUCUCCCUGCUUUAUGAGUAUUGAGGGAUGUGCCAUGUGGCGCAUUUUUCCGUGCACCCAGUGCCCAUGCGAGGGCGGGGGGCCACGCAUUUCCUCUCCCCUCCCUCCAUAUUUUCGUGUCCAUCCUCCCGUCAUGGGGUCCCGCGACCUUCAUGUUUGCGCGUUCCCCCCACACCCAAAUACACCUUGUGACCUACCGGAAA